GGUUCGUUUGAACAAAGGGUAACCCGAGAUCAUCAAGCAAAUUCAGAUUUCGGGUUUACUCGUUGGCAGAAAAAUACUUAAAAAAAGAAAAUGCUGGACGAGGAAUUUUUCACUGAAUAUGGCGAGGCCAGCCAGUAUGAAAUAUUGGAAGUGAUUGGCAAGGGAAGCUAUGGAGUAGUUGCUUCUGCAGUUGAUACUCACACGGGAGAGAAGGUGGCUAUUAAGAAGAUGACCAAUAUCUUUGAGCACACCUCUGAUGCAAUACGCAUCCUAAGAGAGAUCAAACUCCUACGGCUGCUGCGACACCCAGAUAUUGUACAAAUAAAGCACAUAAUGCUUCCUCCAUGUAGCAGAGAAUUUCAAGAUAUAUAUGUUGUUUUUGAGUUGAUGGAAUCUGACCUUCAUGAAGUUAUAAAGAUCAAUGAUGAUUUUACUCCUGAUCAUCAUCAAUAUUUCUUGUACCAGCUUCUUCGAGCUCUUCACUAUAUACACUCAGCUCACGUUUUCCAUCGUGAUUUAAAGCCAAAAAAUAUUCUUGCUAAUUCUGACUGCAAAGUGAAGAUUUGUGAUUUCGGACUUGCUCGAGUAUCAUUUACUGAUGUUCCUUCUGCUAUCUUUUGGACUGAUUAUGUGGCAACCCGAUGGUAUCGUGCUCCUGAGCUCUGUGGUUCGUUUUACUCCAAGUACACCCCUGCUGUUGAUAUUUGGAGCAUAGGGUGCAUAUUUGCAGAAUUGCUAACUGGACAACCCUUGUUUCCUGGGAAGAAUGUUGUGGAAGAAUUAGAACUUGUGACUGAUUUGCUUGGAACUCCUUCUGCCGAGACAAUUUCAAGGAUUCGUAAUGAAAAGGCUAGAAGGUUUUUGAGUGGCAUGAGGAAAAAGGAACCAAUUCCUUUCUCAAAAAAAUUUCCAAAUGUAGAUCCAUUAGCACUCCAUUUGCUGGAACGUAUGCUUGCAUUUGAUCCUCAAGAUCGUCCAUCUGCUGAAGAGGCAUUAACUGAUCCCUAUUUUCAUGGACUUUCAAAUAUGAACCUUGAACCUUCCAUGAGACCCAUUUCCAAAUUUGAAUUUGAAUUUGAGAGGAGGAAAUUGGCAAAUGAUGAUGUAAGAGAGCUAAUUUAUAGAGAGAUUUUAGAGUAUCAUCCACAGAUGCUGAAAGAGUACCUCCAAGGCAAAGAUCAGAUGAGCUUCAUGUAUCCAAGUGGAGUUGACCUGUUCAAGCGGCAAUUUGCUUGUCUUGAGGAACACUAUGGUAAGAAAGAAAAGGGCAUUUCACUCCAAAGGAGGUAUACCUCUGUGCCCAGGGAGCGGGUCUGUGUGCCCAUAGAUGAUGCUACAGAUAGAACAGACCAUUCAAAAAGACGUCCUUCAGCUUCAGUAACUCGUGCUGCACUUCGAAGCUCACCAAGAUCACAGGAUUCUGGUAAGGCACAAUCUGUUAACAAAAAUGCACCAGCUAUGCAGGUUGGUUCCAGCAAGCCCAAGCAGACUCCUCGUAGACUAUUGAAAAGUGAUAGCAUCAGUGCUUCAAGGUGUGUGGGUAUGAUAGCAAAAUCCCAUGAGAACGAGGUACCAAAGGUGAGAGCUCAAUGUGCGUGAUCAUGUACUUCAAGGAAGAUAAACUGCCAACGGAAUGACUGUUCUCUUUAGCUAAACCCCAAGCUGCGAUGUUGGAGGUUGACAUUGCUGCUACUAAUUUCAGAAUGAUUGUAGAACUGUUGUAUUAUUUGCAGUCCAAUGUGCUAAUGUCUGGUGAACCCGUCUGAUAUAGCUUGUAGACGUUAAUCGGUUAAUGUAUUGUAUCGAGUGAUUAACAUGACUCCAUUUGUGCUUUUAGUCAUCCAUGUUAUGAAAUCUGCGAUAAAUGAUCCCAUAAGAA